UGGGAGUGUUAGCAUUGGACCUAGGAUUCGUAAAUCUAGGUUGGAUACCUUUUUUGCACCUCGCACUACUCCUGGGUCCCAACAGUCACUUGAGAGCAUGGGUUGGAACAAGGAGGUCCAUGAUGCUGCUAAAAUGGCAGUUGGCAGAUUUUGGAUCUAUGGCAGUAUUCCAUUCUUCACAGCCAGGUCACCUUAUUGGCAAGAAAUGGUUGAUGCCCUUACCAUUUGUGGGGCGGGGUUCAAAGCCCCUUCUGAGUUUGAUUUGAGGGGACCCAUUUUGACUGAAUUGGUGAAUGAUGUGAAGAAAGAAUUGGGUGAUCAACGCCAAAUAUGGAGCACUAAAGGUUGCACCAUCAUGACUGAUGGUUGGACAGACAGGAGAAAUAGAACUCUCCUUAAUUUUCUUGUUUCUUCCGCAGGGGGCACUGUUUUCAUCAAGUCUAUUGAUGCCUCUGCCCAUUGCAAGAAUGCCACCUACCUAUGUGAGCAGAUAGAGGAGGUGAUUAAUGAGGUGGGUGAAGAGAACGUGGUACAGGUGGUGACUGACAAUGCACCAAAUUAUGUUGCUGCAGACUAUUGAUGGAGAGGCGCCCAUCUAUAGUUUGGACUCCAUGUGCCGCCCAUUGCAUUGACCUCAUGUUAGAGGAUAUUGGA